CCUCCCCCCUUUCUUACCCACCCUAGAGGAGCCAAACGCAGUCAAGCCUAUCACUGCUCCACUAGUCCCGUACGCUACCUGCACUUGGCUACCCUUUCUUGCUUUUGGCACGGCCAACCGAAUAAGCACUGUCCUGACAAGCCCAAUAUCCCUGUGGCUUGCAAAUGCGUGCGAGAGUAUGUACGCACUAGGAAGUACACACACACGCAUCCUACCUACGUACUCGAGUAUUCAUGUGAAAUGCAAUGCCGUUCAGGAUGGUGGCCGGGCCCCGGGGGUGGACCAAGCUGCCGUUGUCCGAUGGAAAGCUGCAGCCGCCAAAUUUCACGAUCUCAGAUGUCAUGGUCAUGGUCAUGGCCACGUAGGGAAGUCCUGGCCUGCCACCGAGGAUAAGUAGCCUACCCGCCCGCUGCUGCAUUCCGUUCUUGGUCGGGUCUUACUCCCCGGUAUCCCAGGUUAUUCCCAUUCCUUAACCUUUCUGCUCUAUUUCUUCUUAUUCUUCUCUUCCUAGAGCAAACUCUACGGUACCGAUCCUUCCUCAGUUGUACUCGCAAACACAAGCAGGCGCGUGUAUAAGUGAGGCCGCGUCCCCCCUCCCCCCAGUCCCGUUUCUUGCAGCAGCAACGGCUUUUUCGACAGAGGUCAUCACCCCAAAUCCACCCAUCGUGAAGCCCUCGCCAUGGGAUCCCAACACCACGACGAGAAGCCCGGCGAGUCCACGUCGGCUGACCCUUCCGUCACCACCGAGAAGCAGCACCCCCACGAUGACCCCAACGUCGCCGAUACGUUCAACAAGGAGGACCGCCACAUCCCCGGCGCGGAUGGUGAUGAUGGUGAUAUCGUGUACCCGUCCGGCCUGAAGCUUAUCCUCAUUAUCGUCUCGCUGUGCCUCGCCGUCUUCCUCGUCGCCCUGGACCAGACCAUCAUCGCCCCGGCCCUCGGCGCCAUCACAUCCGAGUACGGCAGCGUCAAGGACAUCGGCUGGUACGGCGCGUCGUACCUCCUGACGACGACGGCCCUGCAGCCCAUGUACGGCACGAUCUACAAGCUCUUCAGCAUCAAGUAUGCCUACCUCGUCGCCAUCGCCAUCUUCGAGGUCGGCUCCCUCAUCUGCGCCCUGGCCCCGAACUCGACCGCCUUCAUUGUCGGCCGCGCCAUCGCCGGCAUCGGCACCGCCGGUCUGUUCUCCGGCUCCAUCGUCAUCCUCAGCUACACGAUGCCUCUCGAGAAGCGGCCCUUGGCCUUUGGUCUGAUCGGCGGCAUGUGGGGCGUCGCCUCGGUGGCCGGGCCGUUGCUCGGCGGCGUCUUCACGGAGAAGGCGACCUGGCGAUGGUGUUUCUACAUCAACCUGCCCAUAGGCGGCAUUGCCAUGAUCUUCAUCUUCUUCCUCUUGACCAUCAGCAAGCAGAACAACGCCCUAGGCGAGACGCUGGUCCAGCGCAUCAUGCAGCUCGACCUGAUCGGUACCGUCUUCUUCCUCCCGGCCAUCGUCUGUCUCAUCCUCGCAUUGCAGUGGGGCGGCACCGAGUACGCCUGGAACAGCGCUACCGUCAUUGGCCUCUUUGUCGGCUUCGCCCUCAUGAUCAUCAUUUUCAUCGGCAUCCAGCUCUGGCAGGGUGAUAAGGGCACGUUGCCUCCCAAGCUGUUUAGGGACCGCAACGUCGUCUGCGCCAUGCUCUUCGGCUGCUUCUUUGGCGCCGCAUUCUUCCCUCUCAUCUACUAUUUGUCGCUUUACUUCCAGGCCAUCCAGGGCGUCAGCGCCGUUCAGGCCGGCAUCAAGAUCCUGCCCCUCCUCCUUGCCACCGUCGUCGCCUCCAUCGCCAGCGGCGCACUCAUCUCCAUCGUGGGCUAUUACAACGGCAUCAUCCUCCCCUCCAUGGUUCUAUUUGCCGUCGGCGCCGGCAUGAUCACGACCUUUGACGUUGACACCCCCAUGCGCGAGUGGUUCGGCUACCAGGUCCUCGCCGGGCUCGGUAUCGGUGCCGGUUUCCAGAUCGGCGUGCUCGUCGUCCAGACUGUCCUGCCCCAGGAGGACGUACCUGUUGCCACGGCUUGCGUGCAGUUCUUCCAGUCCUUCGGUGGCGCCAUCAUGAUCGCCGUUUCCCAGUCGCUCUUCCAGACGGGGCUCAUCGACGGGGUUGCCAAGAACGCGCCCGACCUCGACGCCGCCAUCUUUAUCAACUCGGGAGCCGACCAGGUCCGUAGUAUCCUGACGCAGAUGGGUCGCGCAGACUUGAUCCCGACGGUGCUGGAGGCCUACAUGGACGGGCUGAGGCACACGUUCUACGUCACGCUCGCUUGCUCGUGUGCCGCUUUCUUCAUCUGCCUGGGCCUGCAGUGGAAGAGCGUCAAGAAGGAGGGCAAGGGAGGCGCCGUUGCCGUUGCUGUAUGAUAGAGAGUCGGAUGGUGGCUGUACGAUGCGGAUCUUUUGCCUGAAUCAAUGCAUAGAGAUAAUACCCGGUUCAGUACCUCGCUCUGUUUAGAAAUGUUUAGAGAUAGAAUCUGUAAUGCUGAAUGACACGGAAUGCCC